GGCUCGUGCUUGUGUUGCCUCGGUUGAGCCAGACCGCCGACCGGUGGCGCUGAUCGCGUGCUGCAAGCGGCCCGGAAUUCGCAUCACUGAUUCUAACCUCACUUUUUGCAACGCAAAGAAAGAUAUACUACAUAACUUUAACCUCCAACAAAUGUGAAAGUCUACAACGAAUAACAUCCUUUUACUCGUCUUUCGCGAUGAGCGUGCUCGUGCAGCGGUUAGGUCGCCUGCGGUGCGUGUAUCCGGUGUUGUUGAGAGGCUCUGACAACGGCAACUUCGUGCACUGGGUGCACGGUGCUUUACCAAAUAAAUAUAGCACUCAGAACGUGACAUGUAUCGAUUCGGAAAGAACCCUGGGGAUACAUCCUAGCACUCCUGUCGUCGAACAGGACAAGAACGAGAACAAAAGGAUGUGGGAAAACGAGUACGCUCACAAUUUCUUCCUGAACUCGUUGAAGUAUAAAAAGAUCGUGAUGCAGCCGAGCACGACGUAUGCUCAUGUCACAAACGAGGAAGCAAUGAAGAUCCUGGAAUACGAUUGGAAUUUGAUGACGAGCGCUGAAACAGUAUCCGCCUUCAAGAAACUGUCCUAUAACUUUUCUCACAACAAUGAAGAAAAGAUCGAGUCACUCCAAUAUAUAAAGGCCUUUGGCAGUUUAAAAACGGGAAAGCUGACCAAUGACGAACUGAUGACUAUAAUGCGGCACCUGGUACAGUUCGACAUUGAUAUCAAACAGUGCAAAUUCUACUACAAUCUCUGUAUACGGAUAGAUAGAGAGUGUAUGAAGCGUUUCUUGAAGUUGCCAGUGGAACAAACAUUAUAUCUCUGUGACAUAAUAUAUCAGAUGACACAUUGCAUUAAUUAUUUUUCUCAAUACAUGUGGUAUUCCAUUAGGACUAUGAGCAACAAACCUCAUAAGCUUAAUCCUCAGCAACUGGUUCAGAUUCUUUUUUUUUUAAACACACUCCGGAAGCCAUCUGUAAAAAUGUACGAGUUCGAGUAUCAAUUGGAACAGUGCAAGGAUGAAUUGUCGAUCAAUGAGCUAGGUAUAGCAGCGUUGGGUUUUUUCAAAACUAGUACGAAAAUUAGAAGCUCAGAUUUUCUGAAUUAUAUCAUCCAAAGGGCUGCAGCUGAAAUAAAUGAAAUACAUACUGUGAGCAUCGCAAGCAUUGUAAAAUUAAUACGAUACAGCAUAAAUCUUACACAGUUGAAAUCGCUUCUAGAUUUAUUGAAAGUUUUGGCGAUAUAUGAGCCACGUUACACGUUGUUAUCUUUAACACAUAUCGCACAAGUAUGUGGAAGAACUGCCGUGUACAACAAAGAGCUCAUGGACAGAAUAAUCACAAGAUUAAAUAAGGAAUUAAAGAUUGCGAGGCUGAAGGAUUUCGAAAGAUUUCUUUAUACUUUUUCUAUUCUUAAUAUUGAUUCGAGCAAUAGCGUCUACCAGAACGUGAUCGAGGAAUUGAGGACUACUUGGAAUACUACUCGAGCAUCCGAGAUACAGAAGUAUCCACAUGUAGCUUCACGUAUUCUAGGAUAUUUGACAACACAAAAUAUAUUUCCCAUGGAUCUAAUCAAAUACGUCAUGGCACCUGAAUUUGUGACCAAAAUAUGCCACGGCAAUUACCAUCUUCUUUCGCGCGAAUACCUUAUGCUUGAUUACAGCCUUCAAAUAGAAGUACCCGAUUACGAUGGUCCAUUUCUGAAACCUACUGUAAGAAAUUUUCUAGGAAAGAAAUAUUACGACUGCUGUCUGGAGACAAACUCAAACUCGACUCGGGCGAAUGUGCUUUUCUCGAAAGUACUAGCAACGUGUCAGGAGUUGUUCAACAACACGACGGACAUAUCGAUCAUUCGUCCGUUACCGCACUUUACGCCGCAGGACAUUGUUUUAUGUUUAAACGAGCAAAAUCAGCUUGUGUCAUCAGAGAAAUAUUUAUCGCAGUUUGAAGAUAUUGAUAUUAAACGAGUGGACAAGGAGAAUUCGAAUAAUGUAAGAUGGAUUGCCCUCGUAAUAGGACAUUCUGGAUUAUUAUUAAGGAAUUGUCGAAACAGACCUACUGGAGCGUUAGCUGCAAAAAUGAGACAGUUGUCUAUAAUUGGCUACGAGCCAGUCAUGAUAUCAUAUUUGAUUUGGGAUGUACUUCAGUCGCCGCAGGUAAAAUGUGAAUACAUCAAAAAUCUUAUUAUGAAAUAAUAUGCUAGAACUAUCCAAUAUAAUGUUUCAGA